AUUUAAAAUGUCAGCGCCCUUGAAGAUCUUGGUUUUAUAGAUUGAUUUCUUAUACCACGGGUGCCUCAUAACACAAAGCAGGAUGUAUAUUUCUAGGCUAUCUUUACUUGGAGGGCAUAUAGUAAGACAAGUCAUAGGACCCUCUGUGAACAAAAUCACAAUACAAAAACUCAAUAUAAAUCUAGUGAAGAACAUACAUAGCAGCAUAGGAGUAACAUCUAAACAAACUUUACAACAAUGUACUCGAUUGAACUCUAUUUAUAAAUCAAAUUUUAAAUGUUUUUCAACAUUACAAAAAAAUCCAAAACUGACUGGGUUCAAUGUACCAAGAAUCCAUGCUCUUACUGUGAGGAAUCUAGGAGGGAAGGCUGACAAAGAGUUACAAAGGACAGUUCUCAUAUACAUCAGCGCUGUUGGAAUCUUUAUGUUAGGGAUGUCAUAUGCUGGAGUGCCAUUGUACAGGAUGUUUUGCCAGGCUACUGGAUUGGGAGGUCAGGCAACAGCUGGACAUGACAAUUCCAAAGUUGAGACAAUGGCUGCCAUAGAGGACAGACAGAUCAAGAUAAGGUUUAAUGCGGACACUGCCUCAAGUAUGAGGUGGAACUUUAAACCUCAACAACUCUCUGUUGUGGUGGCGCCAGGAGAAACUGCCCUGGCAUUUUAUACAGCUACCAACCCAACAGCCAAACCCAUCGUGGGUAUCUCAACAUACAAUGUAUUACCAUUUGAGGCUGGAAUUUACUUUAACAAAAUACAGUGUUUCUGUUUUGAGGAGCAGCGACUGAACCCCCAUGAGCAGGUUGACAUGCCUGUUUUCUUCUACAUAGACCCAGAGUUUGCGGAAGAUCCAAAGAUGGAAAAUGUGGACUCUAUUACACUUUCGUACACAUUCUUUGAGGCUAAGGAAGGAUUCCAGGUGCCAUUACCUGGUUACAUGCAGCCUCAAAGUGCGCCUGCAGCUACCUGACCCAUCUUAUUUGGUAAUCCUUGGUUAAAUCAAUAGAAUAAGGACUUUAGUUUCAUUCUCCAAGGAGAGAUAAAUGAAGUUCUGAAUGCAGUCAUUAUGCAAGUUGAAAUACAUUUCAGUUCUCAUUUCAAGGUCUGUCAGUUUUGAUAUGAGAAGAAUUUGAAAUGUUUUCCAAAUUGUAAUAAUAUAUUUGAAAGGAUCUUGUUUGACAUACUUUGUAAUUGUGAUUGUACAUAACAUAAUUUGAAGCGGAAUAAGAAAUGGUGAAUAAAGACAU